AUGCUCUCCAGACUCUCCAAACACAUCGCAGAGAACAUACUACCAGAGAAGCAGUGUGGUUUCCGGAAAGAACGUAGCACUUCUGAGUUGAUCUACGUGACCCUACAGCUGCAAGAGAAAUGCCAUGAACAGAACCGUGACCUUUAUAUAGCCUUCAUCGAUCUAACAAAGGCCUCUGACACAAAGCUUUGCUAUGUCGCUCUUGACUUCGAGAGGGAGAUGAACGUGGCUGCUGCCUCCUCCUCCCUCGAGAAGUCCUGCGAGCUGCCCGACGGCCAGGUCAUCACCAUCGGCAGCGAGCGCUUCAGCUGCCCCGAGUCCCUCUUCCAGCCUUCCUUCCUGGGUAUGGAAUCCGUUGACAUCCAUGAGACUGUCUACAAUUCCAUCAUGAGGUUCGACAUUGAUAUCAGGAAGGACUUGUUCGCCAACAACGUUCUGUCUGGUGCCACCAACAUGUACUCUGGGAUUACUGACCUAAUUCAAAAGGAUAUUACUGUUUUUGCGCCUCCGUCCAUCAAGCUAAUUGCACCCCCUGUACUCUUAUACUCCGUUUGGGUCAACGGCUCCAUUCUUGCCUCUCGGUCCGCCAUCCAGAUCGUGUGGACAGCAAAGGAGGCAAAAGACGCCUCUAGUCCAAGAACAGUCCAACCCUAUUGUUUUUAA